GAAGAAACUCUUGAUAACAAUUAUUUUCUAUUCUAAUUUUUAUCUUUCAAAGAUUGUCUUAUCAAUCGGAAGAGGAAAUCUUUCAAUUUUAUUUUUUUAACAAUUUUAAAACUACACACUAUUAAUGUGUAUUUUACUCUGAUUUAGCGUGGCUUUUAUUACAACAAAAAAGUUUUUCAUUCAAAUCAGUGAAAGUUUUAUGAAUUUGUGCCAAAAAAUCAAAAAUCAAACUAUUUUGAUUCCGUCCAGUAAUAAGAGUCGCUCCAAAAUAACGAAAAUUUAUAAUCAACCAACUCUAAUUGCUACAAUGCUGAGUUUAAAGCAGGAAGAAAAGGCAAUCGUAGCUGUUGUCAGGAUCAAAGAUCCACUAAUCGGUGACCAAUUGAUUCCAUUCGGCUUUAAGUGCCAUAGAGAUCUCAUUCCAUGUGAUAUAAAACCAGCUUGUCUUUCAUCAAAAAAUACAGUUUCAAUUGCCGUUGAAGGAAUCAAACCAUUGAAAGCUAUGAUAGUUGGAUAUGGAGAUGAUUCUAAGGAAGUUUCUGAAGCUUAUAAAAUCUUUUGCGAGAAAUCAAAAGAUAUUAAUGCUCAAAAGAAGAUCAAUAUUUGGCUUUCUUCCAGUUUGAUUUAUUUCACUCAAAUCAGUGUUUCAAGUUUGGAAAAAAUUCAAAGAUCCGAAUUUGAACAUUUCGUUAAAGUAGCAGAUUCUCAGAAAAAAGGAAAAUUUCCUAAAACUUCCACUCCUUUGAAAAAACCACAAGAAAUUGUUCAAAUCGAUCUUGCUGAUGAAAAAGAUCAAGAUUCUAAUCAAGGGAAACAUUUGCAAACAGCUGGCUCAAGCAAACAAGUAAUGGUCAAAGUUGAAGAAGAUGAACAUGUGAAACCUUCUAUUCAACAUGUAAAAGAGGUUGUUAAAGAGAUUCAAGAGAUCGCUGGAUAUUCUAUCACUCAAGCUUCAGUGAAAGCUUUUCAUGCUAAAGUUGCUCGGACAUUUGAUGUUCUAUAUUCAUAUCUAGAAUCUAGAGACGAUUCUCCGAAAUCGAAAUUUAAAUUGCGAAUUUCUGAAAGACCAGAUAAUUACUUUAUUCCAACAUAUGAUAGAACAUAUGAAAGUGGGAAUUUCACAUAUAUCGAAGGUCUUUUACCUGUGCCUACUAAGAAAUACAAGCGAGCAAUGAAUAAUAUUCCAUCGAAAAUCGAAGAAUUAGAACCAACUCUCAUCAUAAGUGCAAUUGUUAAAUUCGCUUUUCCGAAUCAUUGGAUCACGGAUGUUACUCUGAGAGGAGCAGGAGGUCGAAAAUCUCUGAUUACUAUUUGGAAUCACCAGAAUCCGAUUGCGAACCCUGCAGAAGGAGCUUUUGAAAAUGGUUUAGGUGUCUCGAGACUAAGAGCACUUUUAGAUCAUGCUGUGCGAAUGUGUGGAAAGCUUUCAUACGAUCUUUUAGUUGAAAAAGCAUUGCACACUAGUAUUGCUAAAGCCAUGCAUUAUGUCAGAACUCAGCUACUGAUUAAAACUUCUGGAAGAGAUUCUUCUGAACAGGAUUCGAGUUAUCUCACCGAAGAAAUGGAUUUUGAAAUCGAUCCGGCGGAUUACAUGAGUCAAGAAUCAAACGACCCUGAUGAUAAUAUUCGUGUUACGAGAAAGAAAUCACGAGAAUCACAAAGUCACAAUAACUUGGACAAGUUUCCAGAAGAUAACGAUAGUCAAUCAUCGCAGUCAAACUUGUUUGGUGAAUCAAGUGGUAAGAUGGCAAGCGAAAGUGAUAAAAAGUCAAAGAAGCUUGAAUCUCCGAAAAAGGGUGACAAAUCUGAUAUAGAUUCGACUGAAAAUUCAAACCAAAACACUACUGAACCAGAUUCUGGUUUUGGACAAGAUAAAGAUUUUUCUGAAACUCAAUCCAUGAGUGGAAGUUUUUCACAGAAACGGCAGUAUAGUGGAAUUGCCUCAAUAAACAAAAGAAUCAAAUCUAGUGUAGAUACCUUACGAGCUAUCCAAGAACCAGAUAUUUUGCCAAAUUCGCCGUCUCAGACAAAUGAAGAAAUUCCUGAACCUCAAUCUGUCGGAGAUGAGAAUGAGACCAAAGUCGGACCACUAAAAGAAAUGCGUGUUGUGCUGAGUGACAAAGGAAGCAACGCUGCUGACUCAGAUCACCCUCAAGAUGAUUUUGAAGUUGAAUCUGAGACUGGCAACGGUUCUGGCGCUGGCUCUGAUGAUGAAAAGGGUUCAGUUAGAGAUUCAGAGGUCGGUUCAAAUAUGAACGAAAAUAUUCAAGACAAAGAUUCGAAUUUUCAAAAUGAAAAACCGUUGAAUGAUGAAGAAACUGACGAAAGCAAUCAAAUACCCUUGACCCAAGCUUUGAAUGAAAUCAAUUCUAAUGAAGAUGAUUCUACUCAAGAUCAAGAUGGAGAACCAAAGGAUCAAAAAGAAAUAGAUCUUGAAAAUUUAUUCGCUUCAGAUCCACGGGCCGCUCUUCUUUUCAUCAAAAAUAGUAAUCUUGUCGAUACAUUCAUUUCUAAAUUCAGACAAAGUGAGGGAUAAAAUUGUGUUUACUGAUUCCAAUAUAUUAGAAAUUGUUCCAAUCAAAGUAAGAAACAAUUCAAAUCAAAUGUUUUUCAAUUAUUAUUUUUCUACCUCAAUUUUCACUAAUUUUUUGUUAUCCAACAAACUAACAAAUUAUUCACACCAAAGUAAGAAACAAUUCUAAUCAAAUAUUUCUUUCCAAUUAUUAUUUUCUACCUCAAUUUUCACUAAUUUUUUGUUAAUCCAACAAACUAACAAUCCAAUGAUCUCAUUCAAAUUUCUUUGUGAUAAUUCAAACAUUACAAAUUGUGCAAUCUCUUUGAACCUCUAGAGACUUUGUGGCUCAUCUAAAGAUGAAAAUAAAAAUUUUUUGUAAGAAA